AGGAGUCCGUGCAUUUAAACUUUGUACCUGACCACAGAGGAUUAGUUUUCAUUUGUGUUAUGUGCAACCCAUUGCUGUUCUGUUUACGAGAAAUAAUCGCUCACUGUGCUAGUUUCCAUGUUUAUUGUUACUACGUUACAGUCGCCUAGCAACGACAUGCGUUUACGGUUCUCCGCUAUUAUCUCGCCGGGAAACGCACAGACGGCCAGCACAAAUAAAGCUCCUCGUGUCAUUUUAAUGUUUUGCUAUUUUUAAUACCAGGAAUAGCCGCAGCAUGGAAAACGCAGCAGCUGACGACGCGGGAUCGACCAACAAAGAGCCGCUCAAAACCAGCGACGUUUACCGCGUGAGCCCCUCGUUACCGAAAAGAUUCCAGCAGCCGGACUGCUUUAAGGGAUACAGCGGCAAGAAAACUCACCCACUAUACAGAACUUUAAAUCAGGACUACGGGAGCAAGAGGCCAACCAUCCAUGAGAUGCCGACAAUGUUUCAUGGGAAAUCCCAGAAGUUUACUAAGCCCCUGCAGCACUGUGGGAUGUACAGCAAUGACGGACUCAAUACGUUUGUUGACAGGAACUACGUUUCUGAAGCAGACAUUCUCAUGACGUACAAAGACCGAGUUAAAUUCCACGCUUACUACAAUAUGAAAGACCCGACUAACACGGGAUAGGCGGCCACGUCCACAGACACACGAAGUGCACCGGGUGGGACGAGGUGACGAUUACUGUACAACGUUGAUACCAAACCAAAGAAUCGUGGUGAAUGAAAUUCAAAUCAGCUGUGUAACUGUAAAAUAGGAGUGAGUAGUGAAGCAGGAACAUGUUUACUAGAGACAAUUACUAACUAGAAUGUUUAUUAAACACAAUGACGUUAAAGAAGGAAACAUUACAUAACUUGCACAUAAACUCUCCCUUUGUUUAAACACACCCAUUAACACGAAUGAAACUCGAGGUUCUUGAAGACGGCUCCAGAGAAUCUGGGAUGCAUAACAACGAUAAGCUUAAUUAAUUUUUCAACGGGAUCCACAAAGGCUUAGCUGAAGACUGCAACGGGCUGAUUUCCUUUAAAGACUCAGUUCUUGUUAACCUGCAUUAUUCUGUAAAGAAAAUAAAAUAAAAUGAGUUCUCGUGGCAA